GCGUUCCGAGGGGUACACGGUUUACAGAAGUUGGCAAGCCGUGGUAUAUAUUGCAGGUUUUGUGGCGAUAUGUUUUGUGAGAUAGAAUUACAAUGAUAGGUGUUAGAAUAUGUUUAUUCCUUUUAGGUUUUCUGUGUAAUGUAUGCACUGGUGAGAGCGCUUUUGUAACACUUUCCAGCAACGGGCCAGUGGUAUUGGGUGCAAAUAUCACAUUUAAGGCAGAAUUAUUUACUUCUUAUGGAACACCACCCUCAGGAUCAUUUCGUUUUCACUGGCGAGACAAUGCAAUAUCCCAGCAUACUAGUGUGAGUGAGGGACCAGAGACAAUAGCAUUCUGGAAUGUGUCAUAUCCAGCACAUACAUAUGCCCCAGGACCUUAUGAAGUUGAAGUUAUAGUUGACAAAUACGUGAUUUUCUAUUGGCCUAUUUGUAGCCAGAGAAUCAAUUUUAAUAUUACAGCUCUGCUUAAUGGGCAAAUGUCGUUGCUACAGUCAGGCCAUCUGAGGGAAACUGGUCUUGUAUCUAGUAAGGAGCAAGUGACUCAUCGCGUUGAUCUGACGGAGGCAGAUAGUGCAUUCCUUACGCAGAGUGCUACAAGCAUUUUGACAUACUGGUUUGUGGACUGCACUUUCUACGGCCAGACACCGGGAUAUGAAUUCAACUUCAGCUAUACUCAGCCUGGAAAAAUACAUAAUGUUGAGGCACUCAUAAUAGCCUCAUAUGAACCUCCAUCCACAACCACAACAACCACAAGUACUACCCCUACUCCGCCAACUGUUUCCCCUAAUACCACUUCUGCUACAACACCAUCAACGAAAACCACUAUUACAGUCAUACCAACUAGUAGCACUGUUCUUCCUUCUACCUCGGCAGCAACAACUACUUCUACUGUGGCUCCAAAAAAUAUUUCAUUUCAAAUAAAUUCCAAUGAGAUCAACGCCAUGCAUAUAUCUCAUGUUCAGAACAUGCCACUUAUACUUCCCGCAGUUAACACGCAUAAUGAAACACUGAAAAACAACACAGUUUUUGUUCCUUAUGUGUGCCUGAAUUCAUCCAUCAUACCUCCUGAUCCAAACAAAACUUACGGCUACUUCCAUAGGCGACUUGUUGUCAGAGCUCCAGUGGAAAAUGUUUCUGUGUUGGGCACAAAUUGGCUGCAGCAUGGCGAUAUGUUGAAUCUUCAAGUGUAUUGCAAUGGCUCUGCGAUAUUUGAAUACUGCAUUAGAAUCUUACCUGGCUCAUACAAUGUCACAGGCAACGAGACUUGUACAUAUUUUGCUACAAGACCAGACUGCCGAUUUGAAGUAGUGCAUUAUUUUCGUGAACCAUCGCAGUAUACUGUUUUAAUCAUUAUCAAAAAUGAUGUGUCCAAGGUUGUAACAAAAGUUGGAAUUAACAUCUACGAAGUUACAAAACAUGCUCAGCUGUCCGUAAUAGUGGUGCCAGUAUCCUGCAGUCUUAUUGCUGUGAUUCUCAUUGUGUUUGGCAUAGCGUACUAUGUCCAGAGCAAAAACAGGUACAUAAUAGAAGUAGCAGAUUUUGAUUUUGGACAAGUAAAUGACAUGGAAUACAAGACAUUUAGAGAGAGGCUUCGAGAAUCUAUGUCCACUACAGUGAACCGUUCUGAUAUUCCAGAACCUGGCGGUUCGUGGUCACCGAGUCGCAAGUAUGGUCCAAUGAAUUAAGAAGGCAAGUGUAUUCUGAUUGGUAGUUACUUGUUUUGGAGUGAUGGAAUGUGAUAUUACUGGUAGCAUAAUACAGCAUUUUUGCAAUUAUAUAGCUUGAAGUGCUGUAAAAUAUUCAUCAUAUAAUCAUUUUAAGUAGUCAUGUGUUGAUUUUCAAAAAUCUGUGGCAUUUUAUUUUCAGUAUUUUUUAAUGUGAUAACUUAUGAAGAUAAUAUAUGCAUCUUGAAGAUUAUUCAAAGUGACAUUAUGGAGAGAAGCUUUGUUGUAGUUAUAUUUUUGUGAUACUAGUUUGGUUUGAUUGUUUUUUGUGAGUUCUGUCCUAAAGUUUUGUAGACGUUACUUCAAAUUAUCAACCCUAAAUAUACAGUUUAUCCAGCUUUAUGUGAUAUACAUUUUGAGAUGUAGAUUACAAAUUAACAUGAAUGAAGUCUGAGGUUAAAAUUCCCUUUAUAUUAGAAAAUGAAUUUCUGAUGAGUUGUAGCAAAGAUAAUUUACAUCUUUAACUGCUUUGCAUUGAAUGAUUUUAAUUGUUAUAAUGUGGUGUGGUCACCUUAUUUGCUGUCUGUUUAUAAGGUUUUUGCAAAGCGACUUCCGACAUCAGUUGAACUCCUACCUCCCUAUCUGGUGGAGUUGUCUGGAUUAUUCCAGUUGACAUACAUUCUUUGCAGUUUCUUUUCCAUCUUUGAAGUAUGUCGGAAAGACCCAGUAAAAUAAGAAUUGAGUAGCUUAGAAACACUUGGAAGAGCAUGAGAGUGUGGAAUAGUUGGCAAGAGAAAUCUUGUUUUUCUGGUUUCCUGUUCCUCUCUGAACUAUAUGCAACUUAUAACAUAUACAACAAAUAUAUUUAAUUAACAUAUCGGGAAUACACUUGCAUUUUUCCAUUGUAUUGUUUUUGAAUGCUUGAAAAUAAUAAAUAUUUGUUUUUUUAGUUAUAUUUUCCUCUAUAUGAGAUGUAUAUAUGGUAUUUAAGACUGCGAUUGUUAUUUUUAUCGUCAUCGUCAUAAUUCAUUUCUAUUUCUGUGAGAAUGGGUAAUACUAUGAUAAAACUCUCUCCAUUUUCUUUGUUUUGUAUCUGUACAUUCUUUCCCACUUGUGUUAUAUAUUUUAUCUCAUUUGGUUUCUUCCCUAUGUUGUAUGUCCCCAUGUUUAUUUAACGUAUACUUUAAUUUUCAAUUUUCUUGGGCUGUUGAUCAUGUCUGUUUUCACUUCUGUAUGUCUGUUUCACACUAGUUUGAUGCUUUGAUGAAAGGAACUUAAACAUGUACUAUUAAAUGUUACAGGGAUGUUGAUUUUGUAUGUUUGCAAUUUUCUGUUAUAUACUGAGAAAAUAUGCAUUUACAUUUUCAUUCCACAAUACAUCAUGUUUAGCUUUAUGCUAAAAAUUGUAGAAAAACUAACAGUUUAAAUGUAUAUUGUGUGACAGUGUUUAAGGAAUGAAAAAUAUUUUUGGCACCAAGUCCAAUAAAAAUAUCUUAAAAAGACUGGACAUCUGUCCUGAACAGUUCGUGGUUUUGACACCAUAAUUAUUUCACUAAAAAUGCUAAAAAUUGUGAGUUGUAGAGAGCAUGCAAUGUCAAUGAAAUGAUUAUGUUAAAAGAACUUGCUCCGUAUCUUCAUCGUACCUUGCGUAGAAGACGAUAAGGAUAAAUUAACAUAACUGACACUUUAAUAUACAGGAACAAUAAUUUGAUUAAAAGAAGCUUAAUGCAGUUCCUUUGUGAGGAAUCGUUGCCCUCACCCAAUGCACACCCCAUUACCCACUGGUCUGGCCAAGGUUCUGCAUUGACUGACUGGUUCCUGUGCUUCACAUGUGGAUUACUCGCCAUGAUGAGGUAGGCAACAACAACAUCUGAAAUGUCAGUAAACUUCUGCCAGACUACAUGAUGCAACACCUCAGAAGACAGGCAUCUUCAGAGGGAGGGUUGUUUACCUUCAUUUCAACACUGUCGAAAGAAAGGAAAUUUCCAGUUCUUAUGAUUGAUAAUGAUGUGAAAUGUUGUAAAGGGAUUACUUUGCUGAAAAGUGGUUAUGUGUGCUUGAGUUUGGGUGUUUGAAGUGUUACUUUAUAAUAUUUCAGAGGUAGGAGAUGAUACAUAUUGAAUUAAAGUGAAUUUUGCAUUUAGAGAAAGGAAAUUAUAAAAUAUUGUCAUACAUAUUUGUUUGUACAGAAAUGUUCUGAAAUAAAAUCUCAUGUACCUAGUAGUGCACAGUA